GCAAAGCAACUGGCCAGGGUAAACAAGCCUUGGAUUUCCUCGUGGUUUUACAGGAGAUUUGGAUUUUCUACUGUUUGUUCUUUGUAAAAAAUGACCAUCAACAACUUUGCAAUAGAAUAUGAUGCCAUCAACAGCAGAAACACCUUUACAAAUGGAGAUACCAUCAAUGGGAGAAUCAUCAUGGAGGUUUCUAAGGAAACCACAGUCCAGUCUCUAAUUUUUAUAGCAAAAGGAAAAGCUCGGGUCCGCUGGGGUGAUCAACAUCAUACGUACUGGGCUGAUGAGAAAUAUUAUGAUAUCAAACAUCAUAUCUUGAGAGAGUCGAGACAAGAUGGCACUGAAGUUAUCGGUAAAGGGAGACAUGUAUUCCCUUUUUCCUUCAAGAUUCCUGACAACAAAAUUCCAUCGUCUUUCAAAUCUGGCAUUGGCAACAUUCAUCAUAAACUGAAGGCAGAGCUCAAACAAUCAAUGAAGCUGACCAAAAAGGCCAAAACCCACUUCACAUUUGUGUCAAAAGCAGACAUGGAUAUUCCUGGACUUCUGGAACCUCAGUAUGGUAGCAAGGACAAAUCUGUCAAGGUAUUUGGCUCUGGAAUUAUUUCAAUGGAUGUUCAGACCAAGCGAAUGGGAUACAAACAAGGUAGAGAUCUCAAAGUCUCAGUUGAAAUCGUCAACAACUCAAGUCGUUCAGUGAAGGCUAAAGUCAUCCUGUAUGAGAAGAAGAGCUUCUUCGCCCAGGGUCGCAGGAGAGUUUCCACAAAGGAGAUCCUUAAGGAGAAGAUGGAGGCUGUCGCAUCCUCUAACAAAGAGACUGUGGUCAAGGUGAUGGACAUCCCCAGAGAGUUACCUAGCUCCAUCUUAAACUGCAGCAUCAUCAAACUGGAGUACAGGCUGAAGGUCCAUCUAGAUGUCCAAUAUGCUUCAGACCCAGAGAUCACACUCCCUAUAGUGAUCCUACCUGCCUCUGAGGAUACUCCUCAACAACAACAACAACAACAACAACAACAACAACAACAACAACAACAACAACAACCUUCUGAUGCUGGCUUUGGGUUUGAUGGAUUUGGGAAUCCAGAGCAAGCCCCCUGGAGCCCGGCACCACACCAACCAGCAGCAGCCGCCAGCGCUAUGGAUCCUCCACCUCCCUAUGCAGCAUAUGCAAUGUACCCCGCUAACCAAUACUGGACUGGAAAGUCCAUCUAGAUGUUAAAUAUGCUUCAGACCCAGAGAUCACACUCCCUAUAGUGAUCCUACCUGCCUCUGAGGAUAAUCCUAAACAACAACAACCUUCUGAUGCUGGCUUUGGGUUUGAUGGAUUUGGGAACCCAGAACAAGCCCCCUGGAGCCCGGCACCACACCAACCAGCAGCAGCCGCCAGCGCUAUGGAUCCCCCACCUCCCUAUGCAGCAUAUGCAAUGUACCCCGCUAACCAAUACUGGACUGGAAAGUAAAUACGGCAACAAUUUGGCAUUGCUCUUCUAUAAUAUUGUCAUGAUCGACUGAUACGACUGAUACACAGUAUCAACAUUACAUACAGAAGAAUGAAUGAUGUUGUCUUUGUUUACCACAGAUAGGCUACUACCUUUAUUAUUGGCUCAAGCAUCAUACCUUUGGAUUAUUUGUCAGUUUCCAUUCAUGUUGAUGCCACAUUUUGUGUGUAUAUGUUAUUGUGAUUUGUUUGUGAAUUGAUCAUAAUUUGAGUGUUAUGUAAAUACUGAACAUACAGUACAACAACUUUGGACAGUCUUCAAUCAGACGGGAAAUUCAACAUGAUUCAUAAAAUGUUAUCUCACAAA